AUGAAGAUUUGGGCCUUCACAUUUCUCUCUCUUUUACUGUCCCUUUUGCUAGGAUGCUCAGCUGAGCAAUGUGGAAGGCAGGCUGGGGGUGCCCUGUGUCCAGGAGGUCAAUGUUGUAGUCAAUAUGGUUGGUGUGGCAACACUGAUCCUUACUGUGGUAACGGCUGCCAAAGCCAAUGUGGUGGCGGAGGCGGAGGCGGCGGCGGUGGUGGAGGAGAUCUUGCUAGUAUCAUCUCAAGAGACAGGUUUAAUGAGAUGCUUAAACAUAGAAACGAUGGUGGAUGCCCGGCCAAGGGAUUUUACACUUAUGAUGCUUUCAUCUCAGCUGCCAAAGCCUUCCCUGGCUUUGGCACUACUGGUGAUGCUGCCACUCGUAAAAGAGAGAUUGCUGCUUUCUUUGGCCAAACCUCUCAUGAAACUACUGGAGGGUGGCCAACUGCACCUGAUGGCCCAUACGCUUGGGGAUAUUGCUAUUCUAGGGAACAAAAUCCUGGAUCUUAUUGUUCUCCAAGUUCCACAUAUCCAUGUGCUGCUGGCAAGCAAUAUUAUGGCAGAGGUCCUAUCCAACUUACAUGGAACUACAACUAUGGGCAGUGUGGAAGAGCUAUAGGGGUGGACCUGUUAAACAAUCCUGACCUUGUUGCAACUGAUCCAGUAAUUUCCUUCAAGACGGCAAUUUGGUUUUGGAUGACACCACAGUCUCCAAAGCCCUCGUGCCAUAAUGUCAUCACUGGACAAUGGUCACCUUCUGGUGCGGAUUCGGCAGCUGGUCGGGUUCCAGGCUAUGGUGUCAUAACAAACAUUAUCAAUGGUGGGCUUGAAUGUGGUAUGGGGCGGAACGCACAGGUGGAGGAUCGUAUUGGGUUCUAUAAGAGGUACUGUGAUUUGCUUGGAGUUGACUAUGGAAGCAAUCUUGACUGCUACAACCAAAGGCCGUUUGGAAAUGGACUCUUGGACUUGGUGGACACCAUGUAA